AAGACUUUUAAAGCUCUACUACCCUUGAUAUUUGGGGUAUGGAUAUGGCCAUAAGAAAUGUUGAAUGGCUUAAACCACCAAUGAUGUUGUAAGUGGCUAAACUGCUAAAACACCUCACUUUGUCUAUGGGUGAGCAUAAUCAUAGAUACUCUUGGCCCACGAGAGUUUAAAAUGUGUACGGCAAGCUCUUGGCCCACGAGAGUUUAAAAUGUGUACGACAAGCUCCUGGCCCGCACGAGUUAAAACUGUGUACGGUCCCUUCAAAUUACCAAUUCAAAUGGUAUGUAUGAAUUACGUUUGACUUGAUCUCCUUCAUAGGAGUACAUAGGCAGCUCAAAAGUCUCCUUUUUGAGUUCAGUUAUAACAAAAUAAAUCCCAAUUAAGUCAUUUUGUCAAAGAGAAUAUCAGAAGAAGGCUUACGAAAAAAGACAAAUGAGCGGCAAAGGCAUAGGGAAUUCUUUAAUCCCCUCCUCUUCGGAAGUAGAUUGAGUUGAGCUUUGAACGACAUCUCCACAAUGGAGCAGGUGGCGCCGACAACGUGUUUCUUGAACUUUGAACGACGCCACCAUCUCAACAACGGAGCAGGUGACGCCAACAGCAGUAGCAUUGAUGGCGCCUCUAAAGCUUUGAACAACACCAUCAUCUUCUUCACAAUGACAAAAGGCAACACCAUCGUUUGAAAUCUACAAAACCGCUUCAAGCUCCAUGAAAUUUCUCUCUGCUGCAUCAACAAAGCUCUAGCUAGCAUCUGCUCCAACAUCUCUAACCAUUGACCUCCAACGUCAAUCUCCUUAAUGACCAUGGGGCCACCAUCCCACACCACUUCAGUCUUCAUAUUGGCAAAGUGGCUGAUCUUCACACCGACAAAAUGGUCGGCCUUCAAACUGACAAAAUAACAAGUCUUCAAACCGACGAAGUGGCUGGUCUUCACACUGACAAAAUAGUCGGUUUUCGCACCAACAAAAUAGCUGAUCUUCGCAUCGACGAAGUGGCCGGUCUUCGCACCGACAAAAUAGCCGAUCUUCAAACCGACGAAAUGGCCGAUCUUCACAGCGACAAAAUAGCCGGUCUUCGCACCAACGAAAUGGCCGGUCAUCGCACCGACAAAAUAGAUGGUAUUGAAAUCGACGAAAUAGCGAGUCUUCACACCGACGAAGUGGCCGGUCUUCAUACACACAAAAUAGCGGGUCUUCAAACCGACGAAGUGGCCGGUCUUCACAACGGCAAAGUAGCUGGUCUUCCGUAUCCUCUUGGUAGUAGAUACUCCAAUGGGUUCUCAUAUCCCACAUUUUUUUUGUAUUUUAUGUAAAUACACAAAAAGGGGGGAAAUCCUAAAUAAGCCCAAUAUGGAGUAUUAAAUAAAACCCAAUAGAACAGCCGCCCCAUCUCUCGUAUUAUCUGCUGUCAUCUUCUUCAUACGGAAAUAGGGAGUAUGAGAAUCGCAGCUGGUCAGGGACGGACAUUACACAAGGAAGCAGCGGCAACAUCUUGAUGCUUUACAUAGGACGGAAUCAGCACCUGACGGAACCGACCACUGACAGUACGAGCAACGGUGACUUCUCAGCCUUGCCAUCUUCUAAAAACGACAACACCUCCUCCCUCCGGUGAAUAGCGUCAGCAACAAAAUCAGACCUAUCAUCUUCUCAGGCGGUGAUUUUCGACCAGCGACCACCUUCGGUCUCAGGCGGCAAUAGAAAACGGCGUUCCAAUCUGCGAACAGCAACUCCUCCCAGGAUUUAGAGGGCGAGCUCUUUCCUUCCUCGGUGCAGGUGAAUUAAACCCAAAAAAUCCAUAUUUUGGUGCUCUUCUUAGCGAACAAUUGGACAGAAACCGACGACGAGGAAGGAGUGGCAGCUACAGGACAAUGGUCUCUGUAAAGCUUCGGCCUAAAACAGUGAAUACCACAGCGGCUCCUCCUAAAUUCGGAACGCCGGUUUUCUUCUUCCUCAAUUCAAGCGCCCACCUACGGGUUGGAGCUGCUCUCCCAUAUUACUUGGUGAAGAACAGGGGUGCAAAUAGAAAGUCUCCAAGUUUUUUUUCACGGUUAGUUUGCCUUCGAGAUAUUGCCCUGCAAUACACAAAUAAAAGAAGAAUAAGGAAAAAAAAAGUUACCUGCUAUUGGCUUUGCUUCCAGAAAUCUUUGACAGCUAUGGAUCUCAAAAUCGAUGGUGCGUAAGAAAAUAAGAUGUGGGUUGAUAUUUAAAGGCAACAAUGCGAUAAGUUUGGUUCUCAAAUCAGGCAGAUUAAGUCCUAAUAGAAGAGAAGUUCUUCAAGUUAGAGCACAAUUUGGAAUCUCCUGCUAAAUGUUCGGCAUGAUUAAUAGAUCCCGUUUAAAGUUUGGGUAAGAGCUGGAUUUAGAGUCCAUUGUAAAUUGGCCUCUCUUAUUUCAAUUCAAAAAAUUGGGAGUGCAUAUUGAGCCCCAUCACAUGUUCUUUUAGGCCUAUUAGAAAUAAUAGGAUUUUAAAUCCAUGAGUUGUGUUGACCUUGCCUACGAAUUUAAAUUUAUUGUACAAAAUGGGUAUAACUUUGAUCAACAAGUUAAUAUUCGACACUUACUUGUUCGCGGUGAUAAAAUUGAUACAUCCAAGCAAGUCUCGAGGGGGCAUUUGUGGACAUGUAAAUUUUAUUGGGCCUCUUUUGAAUUUAUUGUGCCAACGUCAGAUUCUACUGGACUAUUUGUAAAUGGUUGUUGGGCUUUAUCAAGAAGAAAAUAUUACUCCCUCCGGUCCCUAUUAAAGUUCUCAGUUUGACUUCACACAGAUUAAGAAAAUAAAUUUGACUUUACUGUGAAGUGCACUGUUUGACACUGUUU